AUGGAAAUAAAACCAUAUGAUACGAUAGAACUAUUACAUUCAUCAUCAUCAUCAUCAUCAUCAUCAUCAUCAUCAUCAUCAUCAUCAUCAUCAUCAUCAUCAUCAUCAUCAUCAUCAUCAUCAUCAUCAUCAUCAUCAUCAUCAUCAUCAUCAUCAUCAUCAUCAUCAUCAUCAUCAUCAUCAUCAUCAUCAUCAUCAUCAUCAUCAUCAUCAUCAUCAUCAUCAUCAUCAUCAUCAUCAUCAUCAUCGACCUUUUGUAACCGAAUAGAUGAAAUUCAGCCUGGAAUUAUUUGCUGA